GGGACGUUUUACCGAAAGUGUGUAUGGAUUGUUAAUUCGAAUGGGGCGUGUAAUUGUUAAUUAUAAUGAUUACUUGGGCACAAGGUGCCAACAUUAUUUCCAAGUAUUCAAUUGUGACGCAAACGCUGGUGUCGAAAUUAGGUAAAUGGGCGGGAAAUGAAAUGAUACUGUUGAAUAAGAAACUUCGCUUUCACACUUGUCAUACGUUCGCGUAAUGAUUCAACUAUCACUUCACUUCAGUGAGUGUUUUAUCACCUCGGAUUCCAAAACCUCUUAUUGAGGCUAUCAAGCGGGCUCCGGGAGCCGAAAGAUUCUUGGACUAUCGGCGCGCCGCUCGAACAGUUAUCGCGCGCGCUGGCUUACGUCUUUCCGCACAUGGAUGUCAGCACGAACAUGUCUCUGCGUGCCAACGCUUUCAGCAUCAGCAGCCUAAUGUCCGGCCCCCUCGCCGACCUCGGCCUCUCCGGGUUCGGGUACCCGUUCGUACCGCAGCAAAGGAGCACGGACUGCUCCUUCGACUGGGGCCAGAAUGGGCCCUACGGAAGUGGCAUGAAAACAAUGGAAGCAUGUUUGAUGAACGCCGGAACUGGCCGGCCCCUUUACGACCCUAUGCGCCUGGAGAGUCUCGGCGACAACGCCCUACACCGGGCAAACCUGACGGACUCCUUGUUGGAAUGCAACAAGAGCACGGAUAUAAAUCAAAACAAUCAAAAUGAACCGAAAUCGAGUGCGGAUUGUUCAAUGUGUGAAACGGAUAUGUCAGACGAAGGUUCGAAGCCCCUUAACGGGAAACUUGCCGGCGUCUCCUGCCAACUCGAGAUGAAGUCGCUCUGGGAUGAGUUUGACGAGCUGGGGACGGAAAUGAUCGUCACCAAGGCCGGAAGGCGGAUGUUUCCGACAUUUCAAGUACGGUUAUUCGGCAUGGACAGUGCGGCAGAUUACAUGGUGAUGAUGGACUUUGUCCAAUGUGAUGAUAAAAGAUACAGGUACAGUUUCCACUCGUCGAGCUGGGUGGUUGCCGGCAAGGCUGACCCCGUCAUGCCGGGCCGUAUCCACGUGCAUCCGGACUCGCCGGCCAAGGGCGCCCAGUGGACCAAGCAGAUCGUCUCCUUCGACAAGCUCAAGCUCACCAAUAACCUUAUGGACGAUAACGGUCACAUCAUACUGAAUUCGAUGCACAAGUUCCAGCCGCGCUUCCACGUGGUGUGCGUAUUCCCGAAAGCUGAGGACUGCAGCAAGACUCAGAACUUUAAGACCUUCAUCUUUCCCGAGACCAAGUUCAUGGCCGUCACCGCCUACCAGAACCACAGGAUAACUCAAUUGAAAAUAGCCAGCAAUCCAUUCGCCAAAGGGUUUAGAGAUGUAGAUCCAAACGAUUGUACGAUGGCGGACGUGAUGUCACAGAUGAGUCCACACGGACAACAACAGCGCAACCACAGCCGCCCCAGUUCCCUCUUGAUGGCGUCAUCGAGGAAGGACUCGCCUACAUCGAAAGCCCAAGACGACAUCAAGGAUAGCCAACAACUGGAUACCAUGGCCACUUCCGGUUUCACCUCACCGAACUACAACCCGUCGAUGCGACUUCAGGCGUCUUACCCUUCAGCAGAAAGUUUUGCAUAUGCGCAGUACGCGCACGAGACUUACUUGAUGGCCACUAAAUCCCGUCCCACCCCGUAUAGCCGCCCUAUGGAGUAUCCAUCGUCAUACAGAGCGUCUAAUUUAAAAAUACCUUACGGCCAAACUUCAGCUGGCUUUGGAUAUUCGUUUGAUGCAAGAUGAAAUACUGUCCAUGGGAUACCUAUUUAUUAAUUUAGCGGACAAACUUCUUCGGACGCGGUGUCACUUUCGCGGACUCGCAAGUGUCGUGUACUCGGAUAUUGCAACGUAUGUGUCGAAAGUUCACAUGGCGGUGUACUCAAGGCGUUGCAGUGGAUAAGUGUUGGCCGCAAUCGAGCGAACGUUUUUAAGUUAUGUUGGGACUUUUCCUUUGCGGAAUUUAUAACUGAACAGUCAUUUAUUGAAUGUAGGUGUUCAGAUUGGCAUCGAUUUUCAUUAGCGAUGUCGGUCCAGUUGUAGUUGUAUUAAAAGUUGAUUUAAAUUACAUACUAGUAUAUUACGUCCUUGACAAUAAUUGCAGACUUGACUUGGCGGGAUUGCCUUCAAUAAGAUGGAAAUAUAUGUGUCGUGUUCUGAGAAAACUGAAUAUAAUGCAUGUGCGUAAAGUGUCGUCCGAGAUUAGCCUGUGCAGUUCGCACAGGCUAAUCAGGGACGACACUUUCCGCCUAAUUGAUUUUUGGUAAGAAGGGACUUCCUUGAAACUGAAAAUAUCAUAAAAGCGGAAAGUGUCGUCCCGGAUUAGCCUGUGCGGACUGCACAGGCUGAUUUGGGACGACACUUGACGCACAUGCACUAAGCCCAGUUUUCUAAGAACGCGGCUCAUAUAUAAAAUCAUACAAGCAUUCACAAUUAAUAGUCAAUGUCCAUUUUACCCCGCAUCUGUUAAUUUUAUAGCGGAAUGUUUACAAAUUCCUCAGCGUUAAUUUUUUUAUACUUCGUUAAACAGUUAAUGGUACAAAAUGGCAGCGUUUAAUAUGCCGUUUGGUCUACGUGUUCAGCAAAUAUGUACGCAAUAUAUAUUUUGAGUUUGCUAUUUCCGAUCACUUCUGGUUACAUCGAAGAUUUAAUAAAAAUACUUUAUUUUUUUUAUUGCGAUCGCUCAGUCUUGUUGUUACAUAGUCAAAGAACAAAAGUGUCUAAACAGGAGUUCAAACAAUAAAAAGUAUUUUUUAUCGUAAUUAUACUAUAUUUUUGUAACACAUUUCAAAAGCAAAUAUAUUGGGCAAAAUAAUUGCAACUCCUAAAGCUUUACAUUGCCAAUCAGAUUUUUAAAAUAAAAUGUUCUUGCCACAUGUACCGCCUAAGGCAGUACUUUUCAUGAAUUUCGUAAAAUGACGUUUGUUUAAACAUGUUCCUAUUUGCCUUAAUAUUGACGUGUUGAAAGAAGGUUUUGUUCUUUUAAAAAUAAAUGCGCGAAAAUCAAGUGUCCGUCAUUAAAUAAAUAAAUGAUAAUUUAAUCUAUUUCGUUCCUGAAAAUGUGAUCAAGUAUUGCACAAAGUUACAAGUGUUAUGUACCCGCGUACAAAUCAGCCACAUCAUGCGAAAAUGGGCUGUAUACCACACGCGACAAGCGCAACCCCAGACCACCUUGCUCAGUCUUGUUUGGAGCUCCCACAUAUGCUAUACAAAGUCAUGCAAGGUUUCGAAGUCUCAUUACGAUUCGAGGGCUUGUCUUGAGCUACGCUGGCCGCAUAUGGCGGAAUACCAGUUUUCGCAUGACGCGGUUACAAUUAAGAGAUUAAUGCGUUGGUUGCUUCAGAAGCGUAAUAUUUAACUGGAUGCACCACAAGAACCGUUUUGAUACAAUAUCUAGUUUAGUGUUUAGAUGAGUCAAUACAUGUCUGCAAUUAUUUUGAAACAUGACUUUAGAUUGCGAUUGUUGUCUUGGACAUUUUCUUUCCAAAACCAAUCAAAUGUUGUAAUGGUAAACAUCAUUGAUAUAAACUUGUAUGGAAACUUAACAAAUAAGACUUCGUCUUGAUAAUAUAAACACCAUGUUAUGUUUAAAUCUACAUCCGUUUAAGAAAAUAAACGUACAUUGAAUGAGCAAAUCGUUAAACUUACACGUAAAAUGUGUGUUAUUGAAUAGUUUGUUUUUUAAACAGGAACUCGUUUGUUGUUUUGACAGAGUACAACUGAAAUGUUGCUAUAAUUAACAAAGAUUUUCAUUGUUUUAUUUAAAGCACAUAUAUAAUUAAAUGUGUGUAAGAACAUAUUGAUUGUUCUUUAAAUCUUGUACUAUGAACAUGCUAAAUGGGUUAACAUUCAUUGGUUUCUUUAAUUUUCGUGAUAUUUGUUUAAAUAUGUUAUUUUUAUUUUCAUAUAAUGUUAUGAGCACGAUUGCAACUGCGUAACUCAAAUAGGUCAAUCAUUUCUAUUCACACGUCAAUCACUGAAAUUCACUCAUCCUCGUAGUCUGGUCAGGAGCUACCCUUUCCGCAUAUGAUACCACGUUACCUAAUAGCGCACAGGCCAGGGCAGGCCAGACCAUGGCUUUUGUAUAAGACGCAUGACGUAGCUCAUACUUAACCCAUUCAUGCCUAGCGUCCUGAAAAAAGGACAUUGCAAACAGCGUAGACGCAGAUGAGACGCCGCAUGAUGCCGCGUCUCAUCUGGGUCUGCGCUGUUUGCUUAAAGGAAUUUCAGUAAGUAAUAUUCUAAAUAUAGAAAUAAAUAUACUAGACAUCCCUAAUUUUGGAAAUAAAUUGAUCCAAUUUAGAAGGAUGGGAGAGUACACUAGACAUAAAUGGGUUUAUUACAUUAUUGUUAAGAUAGUCGUCAUGUUCUUAUUCCACUGUGUGUUAAUUUAUUUCAAUGCUACAAAGUGCAUUGUUGAUGUUCUGGAUUACUAGUAAGUGAUUUCUUAUUUGUUAUGUUGUUGCACUGAUCACUCGUCGUCAUGGUGAAUGUUUUGAUAUUUAUUAUUGAUGAUCAAAUAAUAAAAUGUGAAAUUUCUAAA